GGAUUGCUAGGAUAAGCUUAAGUAUGACACGUACAAGUUGUCGUUCUCCUGUGUCUCGUUUGCCUAAGCACCGCAAACAUACGAAUAGCGUCAAAUUCGAUACACCACCAACUGAAAUGAAAAGAUGUUUGGUCAAACUGAAAAAAAUGGUGCCAACUAUUGAACGAAAUAAGAAAGUUAAUCAGCUGGAAUUAUUGCAACAUGUUAUUGAUUAUAUACAAGACUUGGAAAAAACCCUUCAAUAUCCUGAGGAUAUAUUAACAUCCGUCAACGUAUCUAAAUGUUCGAGUCCUAAGGAAAAUCAAUCACUUGUGCAUCUUUAAAAGUACAUAUGUUUACAAAGAAAAUAAAGGAACGUGGCGAAAUAGCGUCAUUUUUCUUUGAAGAGAAAAAGCAGUGAUAUGUACAGACAAACAUUAGCUACUACCAAUGAGCAUUAUUGACAUCAAUUGUUAUGAUUUGAUUUUCUCUAUACAUUAGUGUAUAUACAUUUACAUUUAUUUAUAAGUAUCCACUCUCGCAUAGCUUAACCAUUUAUCUUUUUCUCAAAUAUUUUAUGAUUGUACAGAAUAUUUAUUCCAACCAAUAAAUUAUACUUUCCCUGCUCGAAUAUCAGAUCACCUGUGUUCUCUGUAUGGUUAACACAUUACUAUCACUUUAUCGAAGCAUUAAAAUGAGUCAUGUGUUUCUUAUUUUUGAAUAGUGUAUUUAUGUUUACUUCAA